AAGAGAGGGCGCUGUUUCUGGUUGCCGUAGUUGCUAAAAAAUGGCGUCCUCCAUGAACGUCGCCAAGACUCUAUCGUCGGUAGAGAGCUGGUUGCAAGAAUUGAAAUCGGCAAAGAAAACUGCUUUGGUGCAAGAUGCUUGCAAGAAGGUGCACUUUAUUUUCACGAGUGGAACAGAGAUGGUGGAGGAAUACGACCUCAAAUCAAACGAAUUACUUGUUAGAAAAUGGAAGACAAAGACAACACUCGGUGGUGCUGGCAAGUGGGAGUUUGAGAUCGGGGAGCAACUCUGCCUGGCCGCCAGUCUGGAGGUGGAACCUUUGCGAGAGAGCAGUUUAAAUCCCAUCUUUACGAGAAAGGACACCAAGCAGAGUUUCCAGUGGAGAAUUCGCAAUCUGCCAUAUCCAAUGGGCGUGUACAGUGUGACCGUAGACAAUGACAACAGAUGCUGCAUUGUCCGAACGUCCAAUAAAAAGUACUACAAGAAAUUCUCCAUACCGGACAUGGACAGGGCAGGUCUUGUGCUUGAUCAAGCAGCAGUGUCCAUUGCUCAUGCAAACAACACACUGAUAAUAAUGUACAAGAAACCGCAAGAAAUUCUGAAGAUGGAACGACUCGUCCAGCAGGAGAUACAAAAGAUCAAGGCUUCCAAGGAUGGAGAUGUGGAAUGCAAUCCCAGUUGAUGGAACAAGUGCUGAUUAAUAAAAAAAAAAUGUGUUAUGUGUUCACACUUGGAGAAUGGGGUCAAUUCCGUACAUCUUUUCAAAAAAUGUAACAAGGUCUGAAACUUUUGGUAAAUGUGUCAUAGAGAUGCUGGAAUACUGGUUACAAGUACAUUAAAUGUUGGUUAUUGAAUAGGCACCAGUCAAUCAGUAUUUUCAAGCUGCAUUUUCUAGUUUUGGAUGACAUUUCUGGGCAAUUCAUCUACACUUGGUGCCUUAUAGACUCCCAUGCAGGAACAGACAUGUGGCCAACACUUUUCAGCGCCAGUGUUUGGAGUACUCCAUGUCUGUUCUGAGUACUACGUCUUUCCCGCAGUGUCUUCGUGUCAGAACACAUGGUGUGGGCUAAAAUGUUGGAAUGACACCCGAGGGUCCUCUCCAUGGGCGCCCCGAGGAGGGGGAUGGGGGAGGGG